GUUAAAACGCAGUGAAGUAAAAAGAGUAACCAAACAUAAGCGAGUAAAAAAGAAAUGUUAAAUACGACAGUAUUGUUCAGUGUUGCUGGUCGCUGAUCUAAUGAUUCUCUGUUACAGAUCAGUGCUGGUUACGCGUUCACAGCUGAGCUCUUCUGCGCAUGCGCUGACAAGAAUGACUUUUUUUCGGAAGCAAAAACUCCAGGAAAGCGAUUGUUUCUCUUCGGCCCAAAGAGGAUCGUUUACAGAUAUAUGGAGGCUUUCAGAAUAGAUUCACGCAUGGAUAAUGAAGUACGGGACUGUGUACGUCUAGUAAGACUCAAUGAAAUGGUGUAGAAGAACAAAUAAACAGAGUUUGUGCGACAGUGGACGUGUUCAGGUUUCUGGAGCUCAUCUGAUGACUCUGAGAUCCUCCUGAAUCUUCUGGGCUCAAACAGCGGCUGUCAUGCAGAUCCUGCUGUGCUUCAGCUUCGGGUUCUUCAUGCUGGACUCUUGCAUGAGCCACACUUCGUUCACUUGUGAGCCUGUGCAUGUGCAAUGGUGCCACGGCAUGCCCUACAACACCACCUUCUUCCCCAACAUGCUGGAGCACUAUGACCAGGACAUCGCUGCGGUGAAGAUGAAGGCCUUCAUGCCGCUGGCGAGCCUGCGCUGUUCUCCUGAGGUGCAUCUGUUCCUGUGCCAGGCGUUUGUUCCCGAGUGCACUGACCACACGCGUGUCCUGCGGCCCUGCAGAGAGCUGUGUGAGCGAGUGCUGUCCGACUGCAGCAGAGACAUGCUGACCUUCGGCAUCAGCUGGCCGUCCGAGCUGCAGUGCGACCGAUUGGAGUCAUGUCACACGUCUGCGGUUUCAGCCGCGGAGAUGACCACCUCCAGAAGCUCUCUGUCCUCCGGCCGGGAUCUGGGGUUCUGGUGUCCCCUUCAGCUGAAGACACGACCCGGUCAGGGCGGCUCUUUCCUCGGGGCUCAAGACUGCGCUCCGCCGUGCCACAACAUGUACCUUAAACCGCAAGAAGUUCAGUUCGCCAAGACCUUCAUCGGCGUGUGUUCCAUUGUGUGCUUAUGUGCAACUCUCUUCACAUUUUUAACCUUCCUCAUUGAUGUGAAGCGCUUUCGCUACCCUGAGCGUCCGAUCAUCUUCUACUCCGUCUGCUACAGUUUCGUCUCUCUGGUCUAUUUUGUUGGUUUUCUGCUGGGUAACGAGGCGGCCUGUAACGAGCCGAGUCUGCCGGGCCGCGUGUGGACGGCUGUGCUGGGAGCCCAGAGUCGCGUCUGCUCGCUGCUCUUCAUGCUGCUGUAUUUCUUCUCCACUGCGGGAAUGGUGUGGUGGGUAGUUCUGACCAUCACCUGGUUUCUGGCCGCGGGACCAAAGUGGAGCUGUGAAGCGAUAGAGAAGAAGGCGGUGUGGUUCCACACGGUGUCCUGGGGUCUCCCCGGAGCGCUCACCGUCAUGCUGCUGGCGCUGGAGAAGGUGGAAGGGGACGGCAUCAGCGGCGUGUGUUUCGUGGGUCUCUACGAUCUCACGGCGCUGCGCUGGUUUGUGGUGGCUCCGCUGGCCAUCUCCGUGCUGGCUGGCCUCUCGCUGCUGCUCGCUGGCAUCAUGUCUCUGAACCGCGUGCGUCAGGUAAUCCAGCAUGACGAGCGGAACCAGGAGAAGCUGAAGAAGUUCAUGAUCCGCAUCGGAGUGUUCAGCGGCCUGUACCUGCUGCCUCUGCUGGUGCUGCUGGGCUGCUAUCUGUACGAACAAGCCCACCGCAGCCGCUGGGAGAACAGCUGGAUCCGCCGACACUGCCAGGAAUACAGCAUUCCCUGCUCCCGCCGUAGUAUUGAUGUGGAGCAGCCUGAGCUCUCGCUGUUUCUCAUUAAAUAUCUGAUGACGCUGAUUGUGGGAAUAUCAGCCGUGUUCUGGGUCAGCAGUAAGAAAACCUGCUCAGAGUGGGCAUCAUUCUUCAAGAGAAAUCGCAAGAAAGAUCCCAUCAGCGAGUGUAGCGUUCUGCAGGAGUCCUGCGAGUUCUUCCUCAAGCACAACAGCCGCGUGCAGCACAAGUCCUCCUCGCACAAGCUGAAGGUCAUGUCCAAGUCCAUGGGCACCAGCACAGGUGUGCACACACCUGUCACCAGUAACCACAGCAACACACCUGUCUCCACGGUGAUCCACAACCACUGCAUUCCAAGCCAGAGCAUCUCCGAUCCACAUCGUUCCUCGGAGACGUCCGCUCCGGAGCGCAUCGGAUCAGCGGCAGCCGCUGAGAAACGCAGUAAAGCCGACAGUUCCAGCCGCGUCAGCAGCCACACUCAAACCUCACACAGGUUGACACCCAAAGAUGAUUUACUACAGGCUGACCAGAGCUCCGCCCACCGCACCAACACCCAAUGAAAUCUCAGACUCCUGGCUCCGCCUUCCUCGUUCUCCAUGCAUUUUCAUUAUUGAUGUCCGCAUCACUGGAAGAUUUGUUUUAAUUCCUGUACACUACUGUAAGUUAUAAUGGUGAUGCAGUUCAUAUUUACUGACAGGUUCUAUAUAGAUUCAACAUGAAUUUGUCAGUUUUUGUAGGAACAAGAUUGCACAUUGUAAACUUCAAGUGAUUCAUAACUGGAAUAGUCUUAACACUGACACUUCUGACCUGAAUCUGAACAAAAGCAACAGAUUUAAUUCAGGAUUUACUCUUAAACGAAAGGCUCUAAAGAUUUCUACUGAAUUUGCACAAGUGCUCUAACUGUAUGCCAAAAACACUUCCCAAUAGAAUAAACUGAUAAAACGGCAAUAUUGUUUACAAAUAUCAACUUUCUCUGUUCUCUAGUAAAACUUAAUCUUCAAAUUAAAAUUAUGAAGAUUAAGGCAUUUAACAUUUCAGUUGUGUCUCAGCUUUUCUUUCAGAAAGAUCUUUUGAUAUUGCUAUAUAUUUUUUAACGUAUGCAAUGUGGGCAGACCAUAAGCGGGAAAGCGCCUUUUAAUUUUUAAUAGGAAUUAAAAUAAAGCUGUGAGGAGAAGUAAAGUGCGUUCAGUGGAUUGUACAUUAUUUUAACAACAUGCUAAUCGUUUCAGCUAACAAAACAUCUGAGAAAAAGCUUUCAGUAGACAAAAAUCUAUGAAAGUGUUUUGUAAUCCAGUAGCUUUAUACUGUACAUGCCGUGGUAAAGACUGUUCUGUCCCUCACAUGUUGUUUUCAGUGUUAAAUGCAGUAUGGCAUCUGCUUCGACUGAGGUCUGUUGAUGUUCAUUAUAAUGUCAGUUGUGUGUUUUUUGCACCUUGUGUAGUUACCAAAAUACUCGUAUCUAACAUGUUCCUCUUAUACAGUAAAUAGAAGGUGUGCAAAUAUAUUGGGUGGAGGAUAGAAUAUGUCAGUUGAUAGAUUUGUAGUAUCAUUUUAUUCAUAUCAAUUGCAUACUAUAUAAUGAAUCUAGUAGAUGAAGAAUUGCUUUGUCUGUCUGUCUGUCGUCCAUUUUAUUAUACAUGUUUUAUAGUGCAAGGCUUAUUUUAAAAUAAAGUUUCUCAAUUUUUAAAA